UCCAGCAUUCCCCAGCCCGCUCCUCACCUCCCCACCGAGGCCUUGGCUCCGGCUGGCGCUGCCCGGCCGUGCCCUGCGCCGGGUGCUCUGUGAAUUCAUCACUUGUGUUCUGGGUUUUGGCAGCUCUGAAGGAGCCCAGACCUUCCCCUGCGAGGAGCCGAUGCCAUGGAAGGGGAUCAGCCCCCUCUGACCGCAGAAGAGCUGACAACCCCCUUCCUGAAGAAGGCUCACUCUCCACCUCUCCAUGAGGACGCCAACACCGUGGUCAUCGCAGUUGUCAUCACGUUGGUGUUCCUCACCCUGCUGACGGUCCUGGUGGUGAUCAUCAUCUACCUGUACAGAAACAAAGGCAGCUACCUCACCUACGAGCAGCCGGCAGCAGAGACCGACGUGGCGGUGCAGAUGGAGGAUGCUCCAGCCAAAGAGAAAGAAGAGUAUUUCAUCUAAGGCACGGCUCCAGCGCACACCUCUCGUGCUCUCGGGGCCGAACUUCCUGGAGUUGGGGAUUUCCAAGCUGCUUUUGAAUUCUUUGCCUUAAUUUAUUAAGCCAAGCAUGGAAGGAAAC